GUAACGGAAUAACAAAACAUCGUCCAUGUCAUGCACUCGUAACCUUGUUUGGGAGUGUUACAUAUUGCAAACCAUUAUUUAUUUAUGUAUUUUGAGUGACGUUUGUUAAUACGCAAUGACCCUGGAAGUCAAAACAAUUCAACGACUCGGAAAGUUUGCUUAAGGUUUCCGUUUUACUUUUUCAUUGGCCUUUUCGUCCAGCAUGCCCCGGAGUUUGAUGUCAUCUUCGGCGCGGAGGUCUGGGUCUGGGAGUAGCUCGCUUUCUCGCCGGUAUCGCACCCGCGCUGUGAAGUCCCAUGUUGACGAGACGCUCUUCGGCGUUCCCAAACCCAAGCAGAGCAUCGAUGACACUUCAAGCAGGUCUCAUAGUGCACCAUCAAAUAAAACACCCAAGCCGGAAGCUGUCCGAAUAAUCACCAAGGAUCUCAUCCGUGACCUAAAGAUCCCUAACAAAGACCCCUCCGGCCUAUCCAUCAUUCUCUGCCCGGCCGAGAUGGAGCGGAUCACGGGCAAGUCACGCGUGGCCACCAAGGAGAUCAAAGAGGCGGCCCUGGAAGCCCAGCGCAAGGAGAAGGAGGCCAUAGUGGAUGCGGCCGAGGAGAGGAAGACGCGGAUGCGCCAGGCUGAUCUGUCGCGGCAGAAGAACCAGGCACUGAGCGAGCUGGAGGCGGAGGCUCGUGACCGCGCUCAGUACCUGCUGAAGAGAGCCAACGCCAUGCGCAUGGAGCAGGAGGAUGAAGUCAAGAAGUUCAAUGAGCUGAUCCUGGGUGCCCAGUGCCACGCGGUGCGGGACAUGCAGAUCCAGGAGAAGCAGCAGAUCCUGGAGGAGCUGAUGGAGGAGGAGAGGAGGCUGGACGCCAUGAUGGAGGUGGAGAGGCUCCGGGCCCUGGAGACCCAGGACAAGAUAGAUCAGCUGCGCAAACAGCAGAGGAUACAGGGUAAGAUGUGCAUCCUGAAGCAGAUUGAGGAGCGUACGGAGGAUCGUCUGCUGCAGGACGAGCUGAGGGAGCAGGAGGGCCAGCAGAUGCUGGAGACCCUGGAGCGCAUGCAGAUAGAGGAGCUGGAGGCCCUUGAGAGGAAGAGGGAUGACCAGCAUCGUCUGCAGCAGGAGAUCAAGCGCAUUAAUGAGGAGAGCCUGCUGGCCAAGGAGCGCAAGAGGGAGGAGGAGAGGCUGACCGACCUGCGGGCCAUGGAGUACACGCGCCAGAAGCUGCAACGGGAGGCUGAGUACGAGGCCGAGCAGCAGCGCAUCAAGAGGGAGAAGGAGAAGGAGGUGGCCAGAAUGAGAGCGCUACAGGAGAAGGACCGCGACUACAAAGCCGAACAAGAUGAGAUCCGUGCCCGGCGCAACCAGGAGGCGGCGGAGCGCGAGUGGAGGCGCAAGGAGAAGGAGCAGGUGCUGCGUAAGGCGGAGGAGGAGGCGCGCCUGAGGGAGGCUCGGCUGGAGCAGGUCACCCACAAGGAGCACCUCCUCUCCGUCGAGGCCGGCCGCGAGAGAGCCGAGUUUGACCGGGUGCUGAGGGUGCAGUUGGAGGCCAUCGAGCGCGAGAAGGAGCGCGAGGAGAAGCACCGGCAGCGAGUGACGCGGCACGCGGAGGGCGUGCGACAGCAGGUGCGCGAGCGUGAGAUGGCCGUCGUGGCCAAGCGGCGUGAGCUCUUCCGCGAGGGCGAGAGGCUGGACGAGCAGGCCAGAGAGCGGCGCCAGCGACUCAACGAGAUCAAGGACAAGAAACUGCAGGAGCUCAGGGCGGCAGGACUGGCAGAGAAAUACUGCAACGAAGUGGAGCGCAAGCUGCACGUUGUCCCCACUCUGGCCCAGUGAUCUGCAGGCAGAAGGAUGAAUCAUGGCACUCCGGCUCUAGUAGAAGAAAGCAUUUGCGGUCUAUGUGUGGUUUCUGUGCCCUUUUUUUUUUGUUACAAGUCCAAGCAAGCAUUGUUCAUUGCCUCAUCCGCAUCUGGUAGAGGUUUUCUUAAGUAAAAUAAAAAAGCACUAUUCAGCAA